AUGUCCUAUUAUGACCACGUAUCCAGGACAGGCGAUGUGCCCUCCACGAACAGUCCCGACGAAGCACAAGCCUCGAGAGACGUCGGCACCAACCAAAACGUUGGGCGGCAGCAGUUGCCUUCAUUGAGUAGCCUAUUUGGCCCAUCCACAUCGCAAUUUCGCCCAUUGCGUUCGCCGACUUUCUCGGACCGUCCAGCAUUGUACACAACAUCGUCGCCAGCGCUUGAUCAUCCCCGAGGACCAGCUGGCAGUUGGGAUAGACCUUACUCGGCAUCUUCGUCCCCUUAUUUCCCCGCUCCAUCAUUGACUUCGCAGCCUCGCAGUACACCGGAUUCCAGACUUGAUGAACGGCCCCACUUUCCGCCACUGUCACGGGCGCUCCCAGGCGCCCUAUCACCCAUGGUCAGGGAGUCAGAGCUCCAACGGCCUUAUUCUCAGUCCGGUUUCAGCGCUGGGAACAAAUGGUCGCUGCGUCACGAAACUGGCCAAGAAUACGCGCUAGGAAACCGGGAGUACGCACCGUAUAGAUCAUCGCCCACUGAGCGACCCCAUAGUCAGCUUUCGAACGGCAUCCCGGGCCGUGAGGAAGACUUGGGCUUACGUAGCGAGCGACCGGCUACGCAACCACCAACACCAGUUAGUACUGGUGCCUCCGAGGUCAUCGUGGGCAAGGAUGGAUUGGGCCCGAAAAUUUGGACAGGAACGCAUUUUUUGCCCAGAUUUGUCAGGGAGGAAAAGGUCGAUGGCGAAACGUAUUUCAUAUAUGACGAUGGAACCCGUUGCAAAGAUGUUAUUGAUGGCGAGAAAGUCAAUGCCCACUGGGGAGUGACAAAAGCUGGGAAGCCAAGAAAGAGGCUAGCAAUCGCCUGCAUCACUUGCCGGGAGAAGAAGAUCAAGUGUGAUCCAGAUUACCCUCGAUGCGCGCAAUGUGAGAAGUUUGGGCGUACUUGCAGGUUCAAGAAUGCGCCGCGGGGUGGACACAAUACUUCACCUUCGACUCCGCCCGCCGAAGUCGACGAUGCACGCCGGUUGCCCAGCAUAAUUCGGCCACCACCGCACGAGCACGCGAGGACGAGCGUGCAUUCGAGCGGAUCUGUUUCACCACGCACCACUUUUCGCCCAGCAAGCCCCGAGAUGGUCUCAUCCGUGCCGUCGAAACGGCUACGGGUGGGCUACGACAACUACGCUCCCGCAGGGGAGCACCGACCGCUUAUGGCACCAGCAGCGGACCACAUGAUCCGGUCCAACAUGUCCUGGCACCGUCAGCCUGAACUUCCUCGCGUCCACGAGGACACAGUGUGCCGUGCAUGGCAAACAGACCCGUAUGUCUCCGAUCCUGAGUCCGUGAUCAGCACCAUAGCCUCAUUUUUUGUGUGCAUCGAUGCCACGACCUUCCGAUUCCUCCCCGAAAAGGCAUUCAAAAUCUGGGUACAGAACCUCGCUCACCAUAAAAACAAGUCCCCAGAAGAUCUGAUGCUCGUCUAUAGCAUCCUUGCUCUCGGUUCCCUCCUAUCGAUUGCUGGGUCCAGCCGGCUCGACCAUAAGACGGAGAAAACCAACCACUACGCUCAGGUAGCCCGUUACGCUACAGAGCACGCAACGAUGUCAAUACAGCUUGUCCAGGCGAGAAUUCUCCUUUCCCUCUACUAUAUGGCUGUUUCGAAGCCUAUCGAUGCCAACGAAAUGUCUAGCAGCGCUAUGUCGGCAGCGGCCUAUUUGCAGUUAAAUUUAGAGUUGGAUCAGUCUCCGGACGUAGGACGCAACUCAUUCCCAUAUGGAUUGACCAGGGCUGGCUUUUCCGAGUGCAGAAGAAGGACGUUCUGGUCAUGUUUCUUAUUAGAGAGACUGAAUGGCCUGUUUCCAACCCGGAUGGCAGUCAUCAAUACAGCCGAUAUCUUUCUCCGACUUCCAAUGGACAUCCGCUCGUUCGAAGAACAAGAGGACGUCUCUGUACCGGUCUCGACAUUCGAGAAUAUCAACUCUUCUGGUCUUCCUGAGCCAGAUCAGGAGCACCGGGAUAUGCAGACAGUCGACAAGGGGACGAAAGCAGGGAUGAUGGGCUAUCUGAUUCAAGUGGUGGCCCUCUGGGGACAGGUCAUGGCCUUGAUAUACCGAGUUGCGCAUUCUGGUAGUCACCUAUCAGAAGGCGAAGUGGAUGUUAUGGCCGGGUUCCAUCAACGCUUACUAUCGCGGCUCGAAAGCUGGAGAAGUUCACUCUCUCCAGGCUUUCUUUUCUCUGCCGCCGCUCUCGACAAGGUGCAAAGGGAAAAUAAGGGAUCCUUUAUCCUAAUGCAUCUUAUUUACCAUCUCACAAUGAUUAAAGCGCAUCGACACAUUCACUCAUGUUUCUCGACUUCGUCACUGCAGAGACUCGAACAUGCACGCAUAGCCCGCACCAAUGCCCAUCAGUUACUGGACAUCGUGUGUACAGCAGCAAAUCAUAUCGAAGCUUCUGGAAACGCUAGCCCAGAUGGUACCAGUAUGCCACCACCCUUUACCAGCUUCGCCGUCCUUGAGGCAUUGGAUGUGCUUUCGGCGGAGGGCCGCAUACAACAUCUUCCAGAACUGAUUGACAGUCUUGCCAUUGCACGAAGUGUCUUGGAGAUUUUGGGUAUGGUGUGGGAAGAUGCAAGGGCGCACAAGACAAUACUGGAUCACCGACUGGACAGGCUGGUAGCCCUUAGGGAGAAAACUGAGGGUCUGCACGAUGCUCUUGCCGUACCCCUUGCUGGAAGAGGAAGGGGGAAUAUGUCAGAGUAUGAGUUUGAGUUUGGGGGAACCCGAGUUUACGUCGCAAAUCCCGACGACAGCCUUGACAGGACCUACUACAAUGGAGAGGAUGGCACCCUUUGUGAUGCAAAAGACGAGAAACGGGUCGCGGCUACAUUUUCAGAAGGUGUGCUCAGCUGGCAAAUGGGUGAAAUGCUUGAGACGAGGUUUCCAAGAGAGAUGGACUGCAUCUAUGCAGGACUACAAACGACCCAUGCGCCGAGGAUCAUGACAAACUGAACAAGGGAGGCACCGGGCUUGAAGGGCUCCUCCAUGAUGAUGGAUAUGCAGAGUAUUCUGGAUUAUGCAACGAGAAUACGCGUGCUACUUUUUCUUAUUAUGAGUUAUGUGUACAAUGAAGAAGGUUAUGCAGCACGGCUUAUAUGCAUGGGUGGCUGCGUGAGUGG